GUUCACAACUAUCAUCUUCUUCGUUUUGCUCUGCUCUCCAUUUUUUGUGCAGCCAACAAGAGUAUAGAGACUACAAUAGAACCCGAAAAGAUAAAAGAUAUCAAAAGGGAUGACAUCAGAUCCAGAAUACUACACAUUCGGGCCUCACAAAAUACAUCCAAAGUUCAUAUUCUAUACCACUAGUCUUUCAUAUGCAAUGGUCAACCUUCGUCCCGUUCUUCCUGUGAUCCCAAAGCGGGAGGUUAAGCGCUUUGGGGAUCUGAAUGCUGAUGAGAUAUGCGACCUAUGGCUCACAACCCAACUAGUUAGUGGCAAAUUGGAGUCCUAUCAUAAUGCUUCCUCCCUCACCUUGAACAUCCAAGAUGGCCCCGAAGCAGGACAAAGUGUUCCACACGUUCACAUUCAUAUUGUCCCACGGAAGUUCAGUGACUUUGCGAGAAAUGAUGAUAUCUACGAUGCAGUAAGAAUCAUUCUUGUAAUUUUACAUUUUGNUAUUGAUUUGGAUGAGAAGAGGAUGGAUAGAGGAUUUGAGGAGAUGGCACAAGAAGCUGAUGAAUACACAAAGCUUUUCUUCUAG